GUUCGAUAUGUGAUCGAUUUCUAUGAUGGUGGUUCGGUGGAUCCAAAAUCGAAACUCUUCACCGUCCUGGAUGUUCGUCCAGCAAUCACCGAUUUUGGCAAUAUUUGGGAUCGUAUGAUUGUCGCAUAUUGGCGUUUUAAAUUUGAAACACUUGGUUUGGACCCAAAACUGCCAUUGCGUCCCGACAAAGAGCAAUCACAUUAA